CUUGAUUGAUACAAACUUUGAUCAAAAAAUGUAACAAAGCAAGUUAGAGGAGACUUCCCGAUCAAACAUGGGCUUCUUGGGGAAGUCAGGAAGCGUCCUAUUCUUCUUGGGGAUAUGUGUGUCUGCGGCUGGGCUUGUCUAUGGAGCAUCAUUUUUUGGAAACAGCUAUGUGCAGCUUAAAGUAACAGAAACAUCUAGCAAGACAUCAUUAAAUUUACAAUUUCAUACCUCAAAGUCAAGUGGACUACUUUUCCUUGCAGCAGGGGAAACUGACUACUGGCUGGUGGAGCUGCAGUCUGGGCAUAUACAGGUGAAAUUGGAGCUUGGUUCUGGUGAAAAGAUUCUUCGGUCUGAAAGAGGAGUGAAGCUAAAUGAUUUGGCAUUGCACACAUUGAACAUAUACCAUGAAGAUGAUAAAGUUACCCUGACAGUGGACAAACACUUCCUAACUACUGUGAAAAUGCCAGGACUGCUUCAUGAACUUAACAUCCAACAUGGCAUUUUUGUAGGUGGAAUUGGCGUGUUUGACAAACCUUAUUUGGAAGGUGCAGCGAGUAACUUCCGUGGAUGCAUUGAUGAGAUGGUAUUCAACCAGCAUGACAUCUUGUCAUCUUUAAGGACAUAUUCUGGCUUUAAAAAUGUUCAUGAAGUUUCAGCAGGCUGCAGUGAUGAAUUUUUUGCUGAAGACAGUGAGCCAAUCAGUUUAUUUACUUCCAAAUCUUAUCUUGAAUUUGCCUCAUGGAAUGCACAAGAGGAGGCAAUGCUUGAGUGUACCGUACGUACCACUCAAUCAUUGGGUCUGCUGCUAUAUAAUGCUGGUCGGCAAGGUGAUUUUGUUGCUAUGGAGGUUGCAGAAGGAUUAAUUCGAGUAGUUAUUGGAAAAUCUGGAAAAAAAACACAUCUUUCUUCCCUAAGUCACGUUAAUGACAAUAAUUGGCAUGACAUUAAGCUGCGAUUUACACCUAAGCAUCUUUACCUUACAGUGGAUGAGGAGACUGUAAAGGUUACUCUGAGCUUUCGCGGCAAAAGUAUUAAGUUGAGGGGCCCUCUGUUCAUUGGUGGUAUAGAUGACAGCACUCGUGUUGAAAUCUUGAAGAUUGGCCUUCUAUCCUUUGCAGGAAGUAAAGCAAGAGGAGGAUCCUUCAGGGGUUGCCUAAAGGAUGUGAAAGCUAACUCAGAAAAAAAGAGUUUAAAGAAUGUGUUAGUUACAAAAGACAUUUCAGCUGGUUGCGCAGCAACGAAUAAAAGUUCUACAAUUGUUAAAACAACAACAGCUGAAAUGCUAGUUGUUCCAACAGCUUCCACUCCUCAAGCGACAGUCAAACCUAUUGCAAAAGCACAGAGGACAAAAUUCCUGACUCUCAAUAAUCUAGUAGUUGCAGAAGGAGGCCAGACAACACUGGAGUCAAAACACAUAAAAUUGAACCUAGAUUUCAAGAAAUUGGGAGUGCGGCCGUCACAAAUAAUAUUCAAGAUAACAAAGCAGCCAAACCAUGGGCAUCUAAAAUUGAACAUUGGUCCAGAGCGUGAAGAGAAUUCCUUCACCACAUUGGACCUCUGGUAUGGGAGAAUAUUAUAUGUUCAUGAUGGAUCUGAGUAUUCCCAUGAUCAGUUCUCAUUUUCUGUUCAUACAAGCAGCAAGAAAGCGGUCCCAGAUUACCUGAAGGGAGAUAAACAGUACCUAUUUAACAUUACUGUUACUCCAACCAAUGAUGCUCCUGAACUUGUCCUACCUGAUGGGAAUUUGUUCACUUUGCUGGAGAAUUCCAAGAAAUGUCUUGCAAGUAAUGUGGUUAAGGCUAUUGAUAUUGACACAAAUUCCACAGGGCUUCAGUUCUCCAUUUUAGGUAAUCUUAAUGCAGAUGCUGGAUUUUUGGAAAGUGCGAUGAAUCCUGGUACAGCUGUAACUACAUUCUCCAACACUGAUUUGGAAGAAGGAAACAUAUAUUACGUUCACCAGGGUGUUCGUACCUCAAGGAUUGUGUUACGUGUCAGUGAUGGUGAUAAAGUGAGCAACACUGUAGUUUUACGAAUAAUGGCUGUACCAGUGGAUUAUAAAGUGGUCAAUAACACUGGUCUAGUUGUGGAACAGAGUGAUGUGGCUUUGAUCACUAAAUACAAUUUGUCAGUUGAAACUAAUGCUGCCAAUCAGGAGAUUGAAAUCCGUUACAACAUUGCUAAAGCCCCAAAGUAUGGCGAAAUUCAACGACUUCAUUCUAGCGGCGAAUGGAAGAAAAUCACUUCAUUUUCUCAACGGUCAGUGGAGCGGGGCCGCAUCCGAUACUUUGGCACUUUUCAUGAACUUCAGCCUGCUAAUGUAACUGAGAUGUUCAUGUUUAAAGUUAACAUAGGGAGUAUGACGAGCGAGGAGCUAGUUUUCCCCAUUACAGUGAAAUGGGUUAAUUUCAAACUCCUAAAAAAUAACCCAUUGGAGAUUGAUAAAGGAAAGAAACAAGCUCUGACUUCUGAAAAUCUCCAUGCUGUGUUGGAAGGUGCAAGAUCCUCUGAUAGUGGGCUACGCUAUAGGUUGGUGACUGCACCUAAAAAAGGACAACUUCUGCUGAAUGGUGCAAUUCUUAAACAAAAUUCUUCUUUCAGUCAAAGAGAUAUAUCUGCACAGAAGGUGGAAUAUGAAUUAAUUGGAAAACCUCAUGAAGAUAUUGAGGAUGUCUUCAGCUUUCAGCUUUUCUCCAAGCAUGCAGUAUCACUGAUCCAUAAUUUCCAUGCAUUUAUUAAAGCUGAUGUUAACACCAUUAAUUUAACAAAUAAAGGUCUCACCUUGAUUGAAGGUGAAGGAGAGUUAAUAACUCAGGCAGAGUUAUAUGCAGAAACUUUGAACACCAAAAAUUUUUUGUACACUAUUAUGCAGAGUCCAAGAUUCGGCAAGUUGAAGCGGAUCAACCGCUCUGAUUCAACUGACAGUAAUGAUAAUAUAACAACCUUUACGAAUGAAGAUAUUAUUGGACAACGGCUCAUGUAUAUGCAUGACGAUUCUGAGUCAACACAUGAUGAGUUUAUAUUUAUUGCAGCUGCUGCUGGAGAAGCCACAGAGAAUUCUAAGACAGACCCAAACUCUGUGGCUGUUGUGGGGACAUUUACUUUCACUAUUCAGCUAAAAAAUGAUGAGAAACCAGUUCGUGUGGUGGACCAAAUUUUUCACGUGGUUAGAAAUAGCCAGCGGUUGCUGACCUCUGAAGAUCUACGCUAUCAUGAUCCUGAUUCAGACUUCAAUGAUACACAGCUAUUGUACACGCGCCGUGGUAUUCCAAAUGGUGACCUAGUUCUAGUAAACGACACCUCAAGAAAGCUUUUCCAAUUCUCUCAAGAAGACCUUGAGCAAAAGCGGGUUUUGUUUGUGCAUCACGGUGCUGAUAAUGGCAGGUUUGUCUUGUUUGUAACUGAUGGUAAACACUAUACUUCUUCAUUACUUGAGGUCAGUGCCUCAGAUCCUUAUGUUCGAAUAGCCAACAAUACAGGACUUCUGGUGCAGAAGGGUCAAGAAAAGUCUCUGACAACAGGUAAUUUUAGUGUUCAUACAAAUCUUUUUAUUGCAGACGAAAGUGAGAUUAGUUACAGAGUAUUUUUGUCACCAAAGCAUGGAGCACUGUACUUGAAUGGUAUACGAACAGAAUCUUUCACUCAGGAUGACUUGAAGAAUGGUCAUAUAGUAUAUCGCCAUGACAACAGCCACAACCUUGUGGACAAGUUCAAUUUCACAAUAAAGGUGAAGCAUGUACUGCUGGAUGCAUGUGUGAAUGUACGUAUAUAUCUGGAAAGCCAUCAGCGUGCUCCAACAAUCGUGCACAACAGCAAUCUAUUGGUUGAGGAAGGGAAGCCUGUGAAGAUCAGCAAAAAAAAUCUUCAGGUGAUGCAUGAAGACAAUCUACCAUCUGAAAUAAUUUACAAAGUGAAAAUUGCACCAGCUCAUGGAUACAUUCGUCGCUUUGUUGAAGCAGAAGGGUUUUAUGUUGGAACAGAACAUGAACCAGUUCAAUAUUUCACACAACAAGAUCUAAAUGAUGGCAGCAUUCAGUAUGUGCAGAUGAGAGCAAAUCAAAUAAGGGACAGCUUUACUGCAGAUAUUUCUAAUGGAAUAGUGGAGCUGUCUGGAAUUCUAAUCCAGAUUGAUAUUAUUCCGAAGCUGAUCCCAGUGGAAGUGCAUAAGUUUACAAUCAAGGAAGGUGCGUCGAAGGCACUGACAGAGGACUUUAUAAAAGUUGCAAGUUCACGCUUUGCAGAGAUUAAUUUUGAAUAUUCAAUAACAGAAAGACCGAAACACGGACAUAUAGAGAACUCCCGUUUUCCUGGCCUCCCACUCCUGUCGUUUACCAGACAACAGGUUGAACAGGAAUUUAUUUACUAUGUUCAUGAUGACAGUGAGAGUCUGCAGGACAACUUUUCUAUCAUGAUUAAUGAUACCCAACUGAGAAAAGAGAGUUUGCCUCGGACAAUUUUUAUUAAUAUUACAUCAGUGAAUGAUGAAGCCCCUGUCAUCAUUACAAACAAAAUAUUCAAAGUUUGGGUGGGCUCAGUUACGGAGAUAACAAGAAAUGACCUGAAUGCAGAAGAUAAAGACUCUUCCCCAGAAGAACUAGUGUAUUCUGUCACUCCUCCUAGCAAUGGCCACCUUGCGCUAAAGUCUUCUCCAAAUAAACACAUCCUCAACUACACCCAACAUCAUAUAAAUAAUGGUCAACUUGUAUUUAUUCAUAAUGGAGCCAUGUCAGGCGGAUUUAACUUCCAGGUUACAGAUGGAUUGAACUUUGCUCCACGGCAGAUCUUUAGCAUUACUGCUGGAGCACUGGUCAUAAACAUGGAAGCAAACAAUGGUUUAAGAGUCUUUCCAGGAACACUUGAACGAAUUAUGCCCAAACAUUUAAAAGCGGUAACCAAUGAUGACAACUCUGGAAAUCGAACCAUAAUAUACACUCUGGUUAGUUUUCCAAAACUCGGUAAAGUGGUAAAGGUUGGGACUGGCAAUGUGACAUAUGAAGAGACCAACUUCACCCAAAACAUGGUAAAUGAAGGUUUGAUUGCAUAUAAGCACACACACACUGACACCAUAGGCUGGAGUGCUGAAGACUCGUUUCAGUUUAUAGUGUUUUCCCCACCAGCCUCAUUGGAACCUCAAGAGUUUCACGUCACCAUCUCAUAUGACAACACUGGGCGAUCCAGUUGUCUACUUGCAAAUACAGGUGCUGUUGUUACAGAAGGUGAAAGGAUACUAAUUGACAAAUUUAAGCUGGAUGCUGCAAACCUAAUGGUCAAGCUUCCAGAAUCCAAACGCUCACUGUAUGAAGUAUGGUAUCAAGUAAUAGCUUUGCCUAGUCACGGUGUGAUUGUCGUUGGUGAGCGUAACAUCACUGAGCAGAAACCCUAUUUUUCUCAGUUUAUUGUUAAUAAAUAUGGAAUAACCUACUUACAUGAUGACUCGGAAAGUCUUAAGGAUAAUUUUACCUUUGCUACAUGGUUAAACCUAAAAAGCAAAGCUGCAUCAAGGCCCUUGAAUGACAGUGAAGUGGUACAAGAGAUGUUCAAUAUUACCAUUACCCCUGUUAAUGAUCAACCUCCAGAAUUGAAAACCAAAGCCCCCAGUUUGAAGGUAGUGCAGGGUUACAACGCUGCACUUAAUUCAGAUAAUAUAAAUGUUGUCGAUUUAGAUAAUCUACCAGAAGAAAUCAAAUACAGCAUUAUCAGCGGACCCAAUAAUGGCUAUGUAGCAACAGCAGCAAACCUGAAUUUGUCUAUCAAGCAUUUCACUCAGGCUGAUAUCAAUGAUGGUAAAAUUUGGUUUGUUCAAGAUGGAAGGUCAUCAUCUGGUGUUUUUUACUUCAGUGUCACUGAUGGUAAACACCGUCCAUUAUACAAAUUAUUUAAUCUGGAGGUUAUACCUAUUACGAUCAUGCUUAUAAAUAACAGUCAGCUGGAGAUUCAACAGGGACAAAGUAUUUCUACCAUCAACAAUGAACACUUGGCUGCAGAAACUAAUGGAAAGGUUACAGUGAUACGUUAUGAAAUUACUAACCCUCCACAAUUUGGACAUAUAAUGAUUGGAAACAAAAGUGUGGCUUCCUUUGAGCAGGAAGACCUUGUGAGAGGACAUUUGACUUAUCAUAUGACCAACCUGUCUGCAUCACAAGAUAGUUUUGAGUUCACAGUGCUGACUUCUGAAAGUAAUGUUUCUGAGCAGGUGGUUAACAUUACAGUAAGGCCUUUGCUGCAAAUGGCUAAAGACUUCAAGAUUCCCACUGGAACUACCUAUCAACUUGGAACAACUAUGUUGGAUGCCAGUAAGUUGGCCAACCAGACAACCAGUAUUCCUAAGUUUGAAGUAAAACAAUUCCCAUCGUAUGGCAGGCUCAUGUUACCAAGCCACACGUUCAGAGGUCACAGAGAAGUUGCAAAGAUUUUUACUCAGAAAGACAUCGAACUCGGUCUUUUGUUGCUUGAGGUUGAGGCUAAUAUGACCGGAUUAGAUUUAUUGAAUGAUUCUUUCACAUUUGUUUUGACAGCAAACAAUGUGCAACCAGCUGAAGGUACCUUCCUAUACAGCAUUAUUCCAUUUAAUGGCUCCAAAGUACUAAAUAUAUCAACAGAAAAUCCAUCACUUUUUAAUUCACGUAUGCCAACUACUUCAGGACAGUUACCACUGGGAACUCAAACAGAGGUGACAACUCUAACGCCUACUAAAACUGUGCCACGAUGGCAAAACAAAUCUCGCUGGGGGAAUCGCAAAAGUAAUGCUUCUGCCUUUGCCCUGGAUGUGACACUGGCAAGUUUUGUACAACAAACUACCACAGAACCAGUCAAUGGAAAGCCAGUUGCUCAACUCAUUCAGGAUCCCAACUCUCUACAGAUAAUUUUACCCAUAGCUUUUCUAGCACUUUUGCUUAUCAUCAUCAUCAUUGUUGUGGUUCUGAUAAAACAGAAGAAGAAACCGAAGCACAAACCUCUGAUUAGUAAUUGCCCCAAUAAUGGUGGAACAAACAGUCCAACCUUUCAACCAGUGGAGAGGAGCCCAACAGUUCCAGCUGUCACAGUCACCCGUCUUAAUACAAGUGGCCCCUCUAGUCCUUCACCAAUAGAAAGACAUAACCCAAUGGCCACAACAAUCACCAGUUCAAAAGAAACCUCAACGCUACUUUAUAAUUGUAAUCAGAUUGAUGCAGAGAUGGUGCAGCAUUGUCGCACAACCCAUCCAACCUUGAGGCACAAUCAGUACUGGGUAUAACAAAACAAGAGAUUACUUUUACCUGCCAGGAACCCUGCUGGAUAGAGAGUAAGACAGACAAAUUGCUGAUGGUAUCUCAAUUUGAUAUGAAUUUUUACAACAAAUGCUCAGAACCAGAAAGUGACUACACGGCAUUUUUGCAAGUCCCACUGAUAAAAUGAGUUCAGAAAAUAAUUUUUAAAAAAGUAUGUGUACACAACAAUUUUUAAAAUCAGUAUUUUAACAGGUUAUCAUCAUGCUUUGAAAUCCAACACUCCUUACCUUAGGGCUGGAUUUUUGCUACCUGAGUGGAUGGCUUGAGUCAAAUUUCCUGACUUGGCAUACCUGCUUCAGUUUUUUGCUCUAGGGAGGCAGACGUGGGAUCAUGUCAUGCUCACCAAACGUUGAAUCAGAUCCAGGGCGAUGCUGAGGCAGGUUUGUUAGAGACCCGUCUCAGAUCUCUGGGAAUUUGUCCCAGUUACUUUAGAAGCUGUUAGAGUCUCUGGCCCUCACCGCUCA